AUGGAUGAGAUUAUAACGGAUACAAUUAUCAUAACCUCGAGUAAAUGCGACAUUGUUCAUAAUGAUAAUGUUGGAAAAAUUCAGGCUUGGCUAUGCAAGAGAAUCUUGAUGAAGUUUCAAAUCAAUGAGAAUGACCCAAUACAAUUAAUUAUUUUGAAAAGAUUAAAAAGAAUCUUAUUAAUCUGCCCAAACCAUGACAUAUCCCGACAUAUUAUGAAUGCAUCUCAUACUUCAGAAGUGGAGAAGUUCAACUUUAACUAUUCCUUGCAGGAUGGACAUAAAAAUAUAGCCAAACAAUACUUAAAGGUACCAGAGAGUGAGAAAAUGUUUCUGAUAUCGCCUCCAGCAUCACCCCCUCCUGAAUUUGAUUUCACAAAGUGUGAGGAUGCACCACAGAGGCACGUACAAAGUUGUAUACAACAGGAGCAGCAGCAACGAAUGAAAGCGAAUCAUCUAUUGCCAAAAGGUCCAGACAAAGAGAGUAAUGGUACUUUCACGCUGUUGAAGUCAAAAGCAGGUGCAAUUACAAUUGAUAGAUGCCCUACGAAUGAUGCAGAUGGGCAGAUUAGAUUAGCAGAUCACGUUAAAACAGCCUUUCCACCAAAAUCCAUAUUUGAUUCCGAUAACAGUGAUGAAGAGGACGAGACAAUGUGA